AUGAAGUAUUUUUUGUUCUUUUGGACUAUCCAUUCGUAUUUUACAUCAACAAAUACUGGAAAUUCGGAAAGGAUUGAAGCAAUAAUUUCUGCUAGUAAACCAAAUUAUCGUAUUCUUGGACGACAAAUACGCGUACGUGAAAAACGUUCAACAUCAUACUAUCAUUUAUCAUUCAAUUCUUAUCCUAAUAUGCUAAUUCGUUCUGAACCAUUGAAUGAGCAUAUGAAAGAAUUGAUAACAAUGGAACAUAAUAGACUUCGAAGAAUUGUACAUUUUUCUAUGAUACAUAAUUAUGCAACAAAAGAAAGGAAAAAUCAUUUCAAUAUUACUUUAUAA